UUGACGCUGACUUUGAGUGCGCGCUAAAUUCAAAGUCCAGGCUUUGCGUAAAAACCAAAAUGCAAAUUGUUGUAACUUAGCUAGAUAUGAAGGAGAUAGAAAUGUACUUCUGAGUUACUCUCAAAGAAUUUUCAAGUCAGAAAGAGACCGUUUAAAAGUGCUUUUUGAAGCUCAGCUGUGCGUCAGUGACACAAAUAGUUUGGGACUUUCCACAACCGAUGUUUAUGCACAGCUGUCUUGGAUUUACUCAUGAGCCUACAAAUGGCCGAAAACCCAGUCAGGAUCUGUUGUUUCUUGCAGGGGAAGUGACUGUGUGUGCAGGUUGAUCAGUGACUGCUGGAAGGUGUGCUUGAUGAGAUGGAGUGACAUUUCCGAUGGGUGGGGCAAAGUAUCUGUGGUUACUUGCUCAUUUCUGUCAGGUGAUCUUGCUGACCUGUGAGCAACAUUUAAACCCCGUCGAUGUUGAACUUGUAUUUCCACGCUUUCCUGCCACUAAAGAUCCAGACACCUACACAGUCACCUGCAGGACUGCGAGUAACCGUCUGGUAUACGUGGAGCCUGUUGAUCAUUCAGCAUGCUCCCCUCGCUGUAAAAUGUCACUGCAAUUAGUUGAGGACCCUCGAGGCUAUAACAUCACAUUGAGAGCCAGCAGAAAUGAUGCCACUCUUGAGGCAAAGUCUUUUCACUUCAUUCCAGUCUCCCUGUCCUCCCUUCGUGUACACAGCACGACGACUACCGCUAUCCUCACAUGGAAAAUUCACAGACAACAGAGCCUGUCCACCUUGAAUCUACACAACACUCAUACUCACGUCAGACACAUCUUCAACAUCAACUCAUCAGAGGCAAAGUCUCAGUACGCAGUGAAAGGUCUCCAGCCUGGCACACGCUUCAAGGCAAAGGUUGUUGUGACGAUGUUCCUUGAACACCUUGAUUUGACCGUGAAGCAGACACUCAGCAAUGGCAUGGAAACAGCCCAGUGCCCCCGUGACUGGUUGGCCUGUGGGGAAAGCUGCUACACUGUGAGAAGGACAGGUCUGACCUGGGGUGAUGCCCAGCACAGCUGCAGACACCUGGCAGCUGGAAGUCACCUGGCCGAUCUGAAGACGCCGGAAGAUCUGAUCUUCAUCUCUUCUCACCUGCUGAGCCACAACAACCUGCUGCUGCUGUGGACUGGACUGAAUGACCAGCAGGAGGAGGGACGACCACGCUGGUCUGACGGCUCAGCCCACAAUCUGACGAACGCUAUGAUGUCAUCACUGCCAGCCAAUCACACUGACUGUUUUGCCCUUCAGAGGAAUGCGACAGACCGGGGAUACUUUCUCACUCCCUUCUUCUGUACCAUCCCUUUACCCUUCAUCUGCCAGUACCAAACCCCUCGAGUACCUGCCUUAUUCUCCUUCGACCUGCUUCAGGUGACAGAGCGACAGGUGGAGCUUCAUUGGAGUGACCUCUCCCCUUUGAACUCACUUGAUCUUUCAUCCUUUGAGAUAUUCCUCCAGUACCGAGAAGAGGCAGGUGGAGAGUUGAGUCAAGCUGAAGAAGAAAGAGACAGGAAGUCAGAGGGCAAAAAGGGCACACAGAGCCGGAGCAGUGCUGGAAAGAUUGUCAGGGUCCCCAUUUCCCUCUCCUCCCGAGGGGUAACUGUGGCAGGUUUGUCUCCGGGGAGCAUCUACUCCUUCACCCUUCGAGCCGUUCACCCUGCAGGCUCCACCUGGAGCUUGGGACAAACACGGACUGCGUACACUAGACCUCCGCCUCCUCAAAAUAUCACUGUUGGCCUGAUUACCGUCAGUCAGAUUAGCGUCCACUGGAUGCUGACGGCUUCAAAGUCGAAGGUUGGAUGGGCAUUUUCUGUACGCUACGUGGACAUGUCUACAAGAGAAGAGAGGAUAAUUGGAAUGACCAACAUCUCCAGGUUAUCUGAAACUAAUGGGCUGCUGUCAUACACUGCUGUGAUUGGAGGGCUGGAGUCUUACAGGAAAUACACAAUUGAAGUCUGCACAAUCACCCAGCGAGGGAUAGAGAGCUCUGGCCAGGCGCCUGUGACUGUACGGACUGCGGUGAGAGCCCCUGGUGAGCUGGCGGUGUUGAGCGCGACAGAAAACCUGACAGUCUGCUGGACCGAUCCACCUGAUGACCCACCAGAUGGUUAUUAUAUCACGUCCCACCCACUCAUUUACCCCACUCCAAGUCCACUGUGGUUGAAUCAGUCCAGUCCUGGUGCACACAGGGUAAAUGAGUCUGUGUGUGUUAAUUUGGGCACAUUUACUCCAGGCCAGACUUAUGAGGUUGGAGUGGUCUCACUGAGGGGAAAUGACAGAAGCAAGAGGACGGACAUCAUACACACCACAGAUCCAUUGCCAGUUCAAGCAGCAGUCCAUCUUUCAGUGGGCAUGAACUCUGCACAGCUGUACAUCCAGCGUCCACAGCUGGGUCUGAUCGACGGGGUCAAAGUGUGCGUAUGUCCAGGAGUUUGUGACAUAGUGUGCGAGGGUCCGUGCGGGUACACAUGUGACUCUUACUCCCUCCCUGCUGGCGUUCACGUCAUAACCCUUGACAACCUCGGUCCAGGAUCAGAGUACCAGCUCAGGGUGUACAGCACCAGCCGAGAGAAGGUGGGACCAGCUUUCAACACCCGCCCCUUUAGAACAGGUCUGGCUCCUCCUAACAGACUGAGGGAGGGUGUGGUGACGGUUUCAUCCAUUGAGCUGCUUUGGGAUCCAGCGCAAGGACAGGCUCACAGCUACGAGGUCAUCUGCCUCAACUGUGACCAUUCGCACAUGGUGCAGAAGGUUUACAGUCAGAGUGCAGUGUUUUCCAGUCUGACUCCGGGCAGACUCUACCUCUUUGCAGUACGAACAGAGAAGGAGUCGUUCAUAGACAGCUCCCCCGUCACUGUCAACAUCACUGCAGCUCCAAGCCCAGUGGAGGUGUCUCUUGUCAAUAAAACCACUUCAUCCAUAUGCAUUUGUUGGAGUGCAGUCAGGGGAGAGGCAAGCGGGCUCAUCCUGUCAAUCAAAAACAGAGCGCUCAAUCAAGAGCUGAACAUUUCUCAUCAGGAGCCCAGAUCUUACAGCUUUGAAGGCCUUGAUCCGGGCAGCCAAUAUACAAUCGAUGUGUUUAGCACCAGCAGGGAAAAAAGGAGUGAGCCUGCUACUAUGAUCCUCCAUACCAUCCCAGAGGUGCCGCAGGAAGUGGCUCUUUCAGAGAAGGUAGUGACGUCUGUCUUUGUCACCUGGAGACCACCACUGGGACAGGUUGAGGGCUACAAGAUUAUGUUUGGCCUGCUGUCAGUGGAUAGGAAAUCAUGGAUUAAGCGGCUUGUCCAGGGCGCAAGUUAUGAGAUCAGGGAUUUGAUCCCCGGGUCAGACUACGGUGUCAGCAUUCAGAGUGUACUCGGAUCAGACACCAGUCAGGCAGUCCACAGAGAGUUCAGCACACGCCCAGCAGGAUUAUGCGCGCUUCAUUUAGCCAACAAGAACUCUUCCUCUGUCUCUCUGAGCUGGGACAGCGCAUCUGGAGAGUUCGACUUCCACAGAGUCACUGUGGCCAACACCUCAGUCACAAACACACUCGUCGUACCCAAGGAGGAACGGGUUGCCGUGGUUACAGGGCUGGCGGACGGCUGCACCUACAACGUGAGCGCAGCGAGAGUGAGAGGAGUGACAGCGGGGACCGCUGCCUCCCUGACUGUAACCACAGUGCCAGCCCGUGUGCGAGGGGUGCGUGCCGUGAAUGUGUCUGCACGUGCAUUCUCGCUGCGUUGGGAGCAGCCGCUGGGGUGUGUGGAUCAUUACCAGGUGACCCUGCAACCAAACCAGGGAAAAGUCACAGUGCAACCUGCACGUGAUGGAUACGUUCAGGCUGAUGUGGAGAAUGUCAGUCCGGGGACACAAUACACUGCAAUGGUCACAGCCUCCUCUUCCUCCAACAUCAGCCCAGGGGUCAGCCGCAUGAUCAAUACUAACGAGAGUGUUCCAGAUCCACCUUUAAGCCUAGAAGGAGAGGCCGUGGGCUCUAAUGGUAUUCUGCUCUCUUGGACGAUGACACCAGAUGCCAAAAAUAUUGACGAAUAUGUCAUCAGGUACAAGGAGGUGUGUCCGUAUCCCGACCCCACCUUCACACAGGUGACCAAGUACCUGGACAUACCAGAGAUCCUGCUCACUGACUUCACCUCAGGUUCUACAUACCACAUUGAGGUAGCAGCCAUAUCUCCAGCUGGAAUAGGAGCCUUCAGCAAAUCUUUAUAUAUAAAGACUGCUGAGUCCCCCCCUGGUCUGGUGACCAACUUGACCGCGUUUGCUCAGAACCACACCUAUGUCAUGGUUACCUGGUUCCUGCCUCACCGCAUCAAUGGCCUCAUCACAAAGUUUGCUGUGAAGGCGAAACACGCCCGCACAGGGCAGACGGUCCGCACGCUGGAGGUCAACGCAGAGGAUAUCAUGACUGGAGCGCUGCCUCACUGCAAUGAUGCAGCCGAUAUCCUGUCCCGAGCGACUCUCAGUCCCUUGGAGAUAACAGCAUCGUCUCCUCCAAUCACACUCUCCGCCGUGCCCCCUGCAGCCUCCUGGAGUGUGCCCAUAUCAGUAGGAGUCGAUCAGCUACGACCUUACACCGCCUAUCUAUUCGAAGUGUCUGCCUUCACCUCUGAUGGAGAGGGACAGAUAGCCUCCACUAUGGUCCGCAUGCCAGAAUCAGCCCCAGAAGACCCGCCACAAAACUUCUACAUAUUAAAUAUGACGUCUCGGUCGAUCUCCGUGUCCUGGAGCUCUCCCAACAUUAUCACAGGAAAAUUCACCUACAUGCUCUACCUUUAUGGACCUACAGGAUAUUUGUAUGAGAACAGCACAGGAGACACGCGAUUUGCUUUUACCGGUCUGACCCCGUACACGAGGUACACGGUGGUGGUGCGAGCCAAAGCCGCUGGAGAAGUGGGUCCAGCUGCACAGGAUGACGUCAUUACACCUGCUGAAGCACCCAGUGCAGUGCAGGACUUGAAAGCGAUAGCUGAGGAUUCAGUUUCAAUCCGUGUGAGUUGGAGAAUCCCUGCUCAGCCCAACGGCAUGAUCACCCAGUACAGACUCCAGGUUCUGGUCGUUGGCGUUCUGCUUCAGGACAUCACACUCACUGCAGAAAAUACCACCGGUUUGAGCGAAGAAGAGAUUCUUCUCCCUGAAGUCCGUAACAAUCGACGUAAGAGAGCUGCUGAGCUCGAGCUCGGCCUGGUCACGUCACCGCCAUCUUUCACAGCCACUAUUUCUGAUCGCACGCUGCCCACUGGUGUGACUGCGUCCAGCUCCACACACUCCCCUGGCCAAAUCAUUAACACUGACGCUCAACCAGCUACUGACUCCACAGUAACCAAGAACCCCAGCACCAGUUACGCUUCUGCUUCACAGUCUAACAGCACAGAUAUGCUCCCCACUGACUCUGUGGUUGUCGGGUCCUACUCCUUUUCUCCUACCUCUGUGCCACCCACCACACUUCCACCCUGGCUAACAAAGCAUUCACAAGCCGGGGAUUUGACCUCAGAUUCCUCUCCCUUGGCCCUGACCCCAGGCCAGCUUCGCGCAUCCACACAUGAUGCAUCAAUUACGAGACACUUUUCAACACGUACUGCAACAGCUUCUGGUACCACAGGUGUAACAGUGAAAGAGGAGGUGAUGGACGUUCUGUCUGAGGAGUUGUCUUACCUGGUGUCGGAUCUGAGUCCCUUCACCGAUUACAUGUUCAGGGUCACUGCCUCCACAAUUGUGGGAGAGGGUCCUGCAGCAGAUAUCACUGAGAAGACCAGGGAGCAGGUUCCCAGCUCAGUGCUCGAAGUGUCCUAUCAAAACAUCAGCUCCACCUCCAUACUAGUGAGCUGGGUCCCACCACUCAACCCUAAUGGACGCAUCACACAUUAUACCGUCUACGGUCUUAAACUGCACAGUAAUCAGGCCCUGAAGUGGGUUUCUAACACCACCAGCAUACUGAUAGGAGAUCUGGACAAGUACACGGCGUAUAAACUGCGUGUCGCUGCCUCUACAGCUGUGGGAGAGAGUUCUCUGUCCGAGGAAGAUGACAUCUUUGUUUUCACCUUAGAGGACGAGCCUGACUCCCCUCCUGAGAACCUCACUGUGGAUGACACCAGCCCCUCCACCACCACGCUGACCUGGUCAGCACCAGAGAAAGCCAAUGGGAUGAUCCAGUACUACGAGGUCUUGUAUGAGAACGAAUCCUACUCUGCCAUGAUGAACACUUCCUCUAACAGAGUCACCCUGAUGAACCUGAGGCCGUUCUCCUACUACAACGUAUCUGUGAGGGCGUACACGCGUUUCGGCCACGGCAACCAGACGUCAGACACUUUACACCUGCUGUCUGGAGAGGAUGUCCCAGGCAGUCCUCCGUACGAUGUUGCUUUUGAGUCGGUCAGCUCCAGCGAGGUGAACGUGACCUGGCAGCCUCCUCUGCAGCCUAAUGGGGUCAUUACCCACUACAGCCUGGAGCUUUGGAAUUCCAGCCACUACCUCAACCUCACCUCCCCGACCAACCACAUCCACAUCACGCAUCUGAGGAAGUAUGCACACUACCGCGUCAUGGUGCAAGCGCACACACAUGUCGGCCCCGGAAACUACAGCAGCGAGCCGCUCAACAUCACCACUCUGGAGGAUGCUCCAAGCACACCUCCUCAGUUCCUCCACGCCAGGAAGCUGUCAGACUAUGAGGUAGAGUUGUCAUGGCAACCUCCAAUGGAAGCCAAUUCAGACAUACUCUACUACAUUGUCAGAGUUUGGAAUGAAACAACUGAGCAGUGGCAGAAUGUGACAGGGACGUCAGUGGUUCUAAACGUAGACUCAGAGAGCCGCUACAACGCUUCGGUGUCCAGCUGGACCAGACUAGGAGAUGGAGGAUUGCUGAUCUACAUCAGCUUUACCAGCACUGAUGCAGAACCGUUUGACCCGCCGCAGAAUGUGACUUUUGCAAAUGUGACCGCCUCCUCUGUCACCUUGCUGUGGCAAGCACCUACCGAACCCAAUGGAAUCAUUACACACUACAGUAUUUACUACUCUGAUAACAAGACCGUGACCGAACGGAGGGUUCCUAUUUCAGACUUACCUGCCCCUGCCUCUCCUGACUCAGCCUACUCCUACACUCUAACUCUGAUUGGGGGCACAAACUACAGCCUGUGGAUGACCUCCAGCACAUUGCAGGGGGACGGAGGGGUCCAGAGCGAUCCUCUAACCGUGUUUUUACCAGAGGACGUGCCAAGCGAUUCGGUCCGGAACCUGACUGCGCAGAUCUUCAGCUCCACAGCCAUCAUCGUCAGCUGGGACCCUCCCCUGGAGCCGAACGGCCGUCCCUCCUACAUUCUCACCUUACAGGAGGCGGGCGUCCCGGCUAACCUCUCCAACCAAGGGCCUCCAGCUGUCAACAAGACCAUCAAGCAUACCACAACUGACAACGUCUUCCUAUUCACCAGACUCAAGAAGUAUUUCCCUUAUGUGUUGACCGUUACUCCGGCAACUGGUGCCGGACCUGCCUACAACCAUACCAGCACGAUGUACCUGAGAACGGAUGAUGAUAUUCCUAGUUCUGUUGCGUUGCUGGUGUCCACCAGGAAUCUGUCAUCCUCCUCCAUCGCAGUGGUCUGGCAGCGCCCUCUCGAGGCCAACGGGGAGAUAACAGAGUACACCCUCACUCUGUUUGGCCCCGGAGGCUCCAACACAACGCACACCCCCAACACCUCGUUCGUCCUCACCAACCUACUUCCAUACACAGCGUAUAACCUCACUAUUACUGCUGCAACGCGCAAAGGCUCAGGGCCGUAUCUGAUGGUGCAGCUGCACACUGAUGAAGGAGGCCCCAUGUCUCCUCCUCGCAACCUGACUAUAUACAACCACACAGCAGUAUCUGUGUGGCUGAGCUGGGAGCCUCCUCUGGAGCCCAAUGGAGUGGUGAUACAGUACGGCUUCAGGAUCCGGGACCUCAUCACACACACCGUCACACACAGGAACUCCUCUGGUCCGUUGACCACAGAGUAUCUAUCAGGCUUCAGGCCUCACAGCUCCUAUGAGAUCAGUGUUUACAGUUACACCAGAGUGGGCCAUGGGAAUCAGUUCAGCAGCCCUGUGACCUUCACGACUAACGAGUCAGUGGCUGAUGCUGUGGGGAACCUGUCUUGCUCAGGAGUGAGCUGGGAUUCAGUUAAGCUGUCUUGGGAGCAUCCAGCCAACCCUAAUGGACAGAUCUUAUUUUAUGACAUUCUGUUGGAGGCAGAUUUGCAGUCCUACACACACCAGGCUCACACAUCAGAGUACAUAGUGUCUGGCCUGUCGCCCGACCAGGAGUAUGAAUUCACUGUGGCUGCAGUCAACUCUGCAGGACCUGGAGAGCGAGUAAACUGUACUGCUUCCACUCUCUCUGAAUCAGUCCCAGCUGCCCCUCGCUUCCUCACCAUUUCUCAGGUGACAACUAACAAUGUGACACUUCAGUGGGCUCCGCCGCUCUCCAUCCCCGGCCUGCUCAAAGAGUACCACAUCAUUGCACAGCUGCUCUCGACUGUUUGUGAACCAAACACACCAGCUCCAGCUCAGCCUGCCCCAGAGGACGAACUGACCUCGGUCUGCGUGGACUCUGAUGCCACACUAUCGGUGAACGCUUCGAAUAGCACCCAAGAGAUCCACAGCGUCACACUCCAAUCCCUGGCUAAAUACAGAUAUUACCGCUUCAAAGUGGCUGCUGUGACCAACGCUGGAGUCGGAGAAUAUACACGGUGGAAUUAUGCACGCACCCUGGCUGGAAGUCCUGAUGCUCCUCCCCGUAGCCUGAACGUGACCGCCACCUCCAACGGUCUUCGCAUCACAUGGGACUCUCCAGCUGUUCUCUCUGGACCUACGUCGUAUCUUGUGCAGGUGGUUGGUCCUGAUCUGAACACCUCAACCGUCCGAGCUCCAGGAGAGUUGAUGACAGUCGUCGUGACUAACUUGACCGCUUUCACUCGUUACUUUGUGACGAUCACUGCAUUCACUGGUCCACUGGAACACGCGGCCACUGAUGGGAAAGCCAUCGGGCCUAUUGAAUUUGGAACGCUAGAAGAGGAGCCCAAAGAUCCUCCCAAGAACGUGACUGUCUCCGUUAUCCCAGAGGAGGUGAACCGUGUGAGGGUGACUUUCACCCCUCCAGAGGAGCCCAAUGGAAACAUAACUGCUUACUUUGUGUACAUCUACGAAAAAGGCCAGCUGGUCAAGAACAUCAGCCUUGAUAUUACCCGAAAUGACCAGAACAUGAUGACUGCUGUCAUAGAGGGUCUCAAAGGAGGACACAACUACAGUAUACAGAUUUCAGCAAAGAACGGGGCUGGUAGGAGCCCACCGAGCCCACAUGUCCAGAUAACUACAGGGAUCAAAGCCCCGGCCAAGCCAACCCAGAGACCCCAGGCAGCGCUGGGCCAUGGAGGGGUUGCCAUGGUAACCCACAGGAGUAUCACCAUCCGCAUGCCUGCCUGUUUCUAUAGUGACGACAACGGACCAAUCACAAAAAUCCAGGUCAUCGUGGCCGAGUCAGGGGUGAAGGACAGUCAUAACCUGACCAACUGGAAAAAAGCAUUUUUUGAUCGUCCUGCCCCUUACCUGACUGACAAGGGGUUCCCCAACCCACCGUGUUUUGCGGAGGACGAGGCAUCACGCACGGCCGCACGCGUCAGAGGCAGUAGCAGCGUGUCCAGAGACAGCCGGCCCCAGGUGAGGCACAAUCACAGCACGGCAGGAACGUACGUGAUCGGAGAGAGUGAUGACUGUAUGAAGGAGAACAACACCGAUAAUUUCUGCAAUGGACCUCUGAAGCCCAACACGGUCUACGUGUUUAAGUUCAGAGCCACUAAUGUCAACGGUCAAUCCACAGACUCUGAGUACUCUGAGCAUGUCAAAACUGCAGUGGACGGCCUGUUAACGAGAGAAGAGCAGAUCAUUCUUGGAGUUCUGCUGUCUUUCUUCUUGGCUGUGUUGCUCAUCAUCAUCAUAUGUGGCUCAGUCAAGAUCCAUCAGCGUAAGAAGGAGGGCGGGACUUAUUCACCCAGAGAGGCAGAGAUCAUAGAGACCAAGUGUAAACUGGAUCAGCUGAUCGCUGUGGCAGAUCUGGAGCUGAAACAGGAAAAGCUAAACCGGUAUUCUUCGUUCUUCUUUAGACGGAAAGAGAUUUAUGUGAUCCAGCUGCUCAGCUACAGGAAAUCACUCAAGCCUGUCAACAAGAAGUCUUUCCUGCAGCACGUAGAGGAUCUGUGUGCCAGUGACAAUGCCAAGUUCCAGGAAGAGUUUGCUGAGCUUCCAAAACUGCUGCAGGACCUGGGCACCACCGACGCUGACCUGCCCUGGAACAAAUCGAAAAACCGCUUCCCCAACAUCAAGCCUUACAAUAACAACCGAGUGAAACUGCUGUCAGAACCGGGCACCGCGGGCUCCGACUACAUCAACGCCAGCUUCGUCUCAGGCUACCUUUGUCCCAAUGAGUUCAUAGCCACCCAGGGCCCUCUGCCUGGCACCGUGGCAGACUUCUGGAGGAUGAUCUGGGAAACAGGAACCCGCACCAUCGCCAUGCUCACGCAGUGUUACGAGAAAGGCAGAAUUCGGUGUCACAAGUACUGGCCUGAGGACAAUAAGCCGAUGUCAGUGUUCAGUGACAUUCUCAUCUCAAAAGUGUCCGAGGAGGUCCUGCCUGACUGGACUGUCAGGACCCUAAAAGUAGAAAAGCACGGCCACUACAUCCUGGUUCGCCACUUCAACUACACAUCGUGGCCCGAGCACGGAGUCCCGGAGUCCUGCAGCACUCUCAUUAAGUUUGUCAAAGCUGUCCGAGCCCACAGGCACGACAACACCACUAUAGCGGUCCACUGCAGUGCCGGUGUGGGCAGGACAGGUGUGUUUAUUGCUCUCGACCACCUCAUUCAGCAUGUCAGAGAUCACGACUUCGUGGAUAUUUAUGGCCUGGUGGCGGAGCUGCGCAGCGAGCGGAUGUGUAUGGUACAGAAUCUGGCGCAGUACAUCUUCCUGCACCAAAGUACGCUUGAACUUCUGAACAACAAAGGCAACAGUCAAUCCAUCUGGUUUGUCAGCUAUUCUGCUCUGGAAAAGAUGGACUCCCUGGACGCCAUGGAAGGUGAUGUCGAGCUGGAAUGGGAGGAGACCACUAUGUAAAGACCGACCGAGGGACACUUUCGUCUGGAGGAGAAGUGACACUUGAAUGUUUCAAGGUCACCGGGACGCCAACCAACGGACUGGACCGCCUCCACCACUCAAGGUCAGAGGGAGGAGAAACAGGAGGUGAACCACACAGUCUGAACUGAACGGCCUUGUCGGUCGACUAAGACUUUGUUGCUCCACUUCAGCCCCACUUCUCAGCGCAAGUCCUCCCCUUAAAUGAACCUCCUGUCCACUUGUUUUCAAAGAGAGUGAGAGAAACAAAAAAGGGAGACAGGGAGAAAGAAUCUCAGAGCCGACAGGGAGAAAAAAAAGAGUGAAAACGGUGAGCUGACUGCGAGAGCUCUAUCACAUCUGCAAGCCUUCAGGUACUUUGCACAAAUUGAUUUCACUGUGUAUUGUCGUUACUGUAUUAUGUCGAUAUCAUCUAUGUUUUUGUAAGAUAAUUUAUUCAGCCAAAAUGGUAUUGUUUUUUUUUUUUUUUUAAUGUUUUUUUCAAUCUCUUUGUAAAUCUACCUGCGUCGAAGUAUUGACAGCGUUAUCCUUUUUCUCAAGAGUGAAUUUCAAAAAUAAAAGCUACUUGUAUUUUU